AUGGGUAAAAAAUAUAUUGAUAAACGAUUGCAAAAUCAGAAUCUUCGCUUCAAACGUUUAAAAAGCACAAAGGUGAUAGAUAAUACUGUACGAACAUCGAUUGAACAUGUAUCAACAACAAUAGAAAAAAAAAUAAGAUUAUCUCGUGCUCAGCUUCUUACUAAAUCAACUGCAACAACACAAACCACUAUUGAAGAUGAAGAUGAAUCUGUAUCAUAUGAUAUUCCAUACACAAAUGUUAAUAUUAUCGUUAGCAUCAACAUGAUAUUAGAUUUAGUUAAUAAAUUUCGUUGUCCUUCAUGUGGUCGUGUUGGGAAAAUGUCUGAGAAAGUUACUCAACGUCGUGGUCUCUUAUACCAUAUCACAUUUUCAUGUAAGUGUUCAUAUGAAACACAUUUUCAAAAUUCAACAGAACUGGUUCAUUCAUCUACUUCACGUAUGGAUGAACUCAAUAUAGAAUCAUUCAAAUAUCACGAUACUUAUUUUCAGAAAUAUUCAAUCGAUAAUCACGCUAUAGACGUUGGUGCAGCAAAGGAAUUCAACAUGGGAAGGGUAUUAUGUGAUACUAGAAUGAAUUCUAUGAUGGCAUGUAUAGCAGCUAAUGUUAUUGGAAUCAAACGAACAGGUAUGACUACAGUUUUAGGUAUGUUGAAUAUUUUACCACCAGUUCAAAUUGAAUACUGGAACAAAUAUCAGAAAUUAUACUCAAAUGCUUUGGAUGUCGUAAAAGAUAAAAGGCUUGACAACGCAGCUACAGAAGCAAGAGAACAAUCAUCUGAAUCUGCUGAUCAACAAGCAAUUACAAAUAUCAAAGUUUCAGUUGAUGGAACAUGGCUCACUCGUCGUGGCCAUUCUAGUUUACAUGGAAUAGCAACUGUUUGCUCAACAUCAGAUCCUCCAAAAGUAUUAGACUUUGAAUGUCUAAGUCGACACUGUACCACGUGUUCUGGCUUAUUAGGAAUUAGAGAACACAAUCCUGAAAUGUAUGAACAACUUGUAGAAGAACAUAUACAGGAUGGUUGUGAAGCAAAUCAUAAAGGUUCAUCAGGUGGAAUGGAGGCUGCAGGGAUUGUAAAAGUAUUUCGUCGAUCAGAAUGCAAAUAUCUUCUACGAUACACAACAUACAUCGGCGACGGUGAUGCUAAUAAUGAACGUGCACUUCGUGAUGCUCAACCAUAUGGAGAUAUUACUAUUAAACGUCUUCAAUGUAUUAAUCAUUUUUCGAAACGAAUGCGCACUGCUCUAGAAACACUCAAGAAACAAUAUAAAGGUAAACAAUUAGGCGAUGGUAAACAAAUUGGAGGUCGAAGUGGACGUUUAACUGAUGAUAAGAUUCAUCAAUUAACUGUUUACUAUGGUUCUGCUAUUAGGUCUCACGUGAAUGAUUUAGAAUCAAUGAAAGCUGCUUGUUGGGCUACAUUCCACCAUUACAAUUCUACACGUGAAAAUCCUAAUCAUGAUUACUGUGACCCUGCAAAGUGUCAUAUAUACAGAUACAAAUCAUUUGAUACUAGUGAACAUACUAUGGCACCUGAUGUAAUGAAAGCAAUUCGACCUGUUUAUGAAAAGAUGUGCUCUGAUGAUACAUUAUCUAAAGUGGUCGAUGGAGGAACAACCAAUCCAAAUGAAUCUUAUCACAGUUGUAUUUGGUCCUUGUGUCCUAAAACACAAUUUCACUCCGCCAGUUAUGUUCAAGCUGCUGCAUCUUUAGCAGCUAUUAUUUACAAUGAUGGUUAUCAACUAUCAAUUAUGGGACUGCUUGAAAAAUGUGGUAUUCAUAGUAGAACUCCUGCAUGUGUUAGGAUGGCCAAGUUACUUGAUGAUGAACGAAUACAAGAACAUAAAGUCAAAACCAAAUCCACGAAACAAAAAGCACGACAACGACGAAUACUAACUGAACAAAGUCUCAAUAAAAACGAAAAAUAUAACUAUGCACGAGGAGGAUUUGACUGA